AUGACGAAGUCCUCCGGGAUUAAGGUCAUCAUCGUUGGAGCUGGGUUUGGCGGACUUGCUGCUGCGAUCGAAUGCCAUCGCAAAGGACACGAUGUGGAGGUAUUCGAACAAGCACCCGCUUUUGCCAUGCUGGGGGACCUCAUUGUGAUGACACCGAACGCCUGCCGAGUCAUCGCAAAAUGGGGCAAUGUGCUGCCAGAAGUGAAGAAGAGAUGCACUUGGGCCAAGGAGGCCAUCAUCCACAACGAGAAAGGCGAAGUUCUUCAUACCCAGCAAAUGGUCCUGGAAAACAACGGCUUCCCCUUCUGCAAUACCCAUCGAAGCUAUUACCAAACAGCCUUCUACCAGUAUGUGCUCUCGCUCGGCCUUAAGAUCCACAUGAACGUGCGCGUAACCGAGUAUUUCGAGAACCAACAUGAAGCGGGCAUCAUUGUCAACGGUGAAAGGUAUAUUGCCGACGUGGUGAUUGGGGCCGAUGGGGUCCACAGCCGCUGCCGUCACUUUGUGACUUCCUCGACGACUAGCCCUGUCUCAUCGGGCUUCGCUAUCUACCGUGGCUGGUUUCCAUUGUCUGCACUGGGCGACAAUCCCCUAACAAAUCACCUCAGGGAGGGAGGCGAUUCGAUGAAUGCGUGGAUCGGGCCCGAUGUCCAUGCUUUUGUGACGGUCUGUGACAAGCUCAACAGCAUCGCUUAUGUUUUGACGCACAAGGAUGAAUACGAGGCCAAAGAGACUUGGUCGUUCCCUGGAAAGGUUGAGGACGUGUUGAAAGCCAUAAACGGUUGGGAUCCGACAUUGCAAGCAGUGGUAAAAGCAACCCCGAAGACGAAGCUCAUAGACUGGAAGUUGCUGUGGCGAGAUCCGAUAAAGAAGUGGGUGUCGCCUAAGGGCCGCAUUGCACUGAGCGGCGAUGCAGCUCAUCCGUUUCUUCCAAGCUCGGGAAAUGGAGCCAGCCAAGCAAUUGAGGAUGCAACGACGAUAGCAUCGGCUUUGGAGCUUGCCGGCAAGGACAAUGUUGCGCUAGCUCUUCGCGCCUAUGAAUCGUUGCGGUAUGAAAGAGUUUGCCUUGCUCAAAGGAAUGGCUUUGAGACAAGGCAUCGCUGGCACAAGACAAAUUGGAAGGAAUUCGACAAGGAUCCGAGUACCAUCAACCUACCGCAGCCAAACUGGCUGUAUGCUCACGAUGCUGAAGCAUACACAUAUGAGCGGUGGCAUGAUGUUGUCGAGCACUUGACAAAUGGAAAGCCGUUCAAGUCGACGAAUACCUAUCCCGGGCACGUUCACGAAGAUUGGACUGUAGCUGGUGUGAUGGAAGCCGAGAAGGAGAUGGCGCCACCUCCAGCAUUGCGUGCACGUUUGUAG